ACAAUAAUAACUUUUCAUUUCUGUAUUUAUUUUAAUAAUAAUAAUAAUAAUAAUAAUAAUUACAGAGAGAAAAUAAAUAUAAUAUGAAAAAAAAAAAAAAACUAACCAUUGAGACGAAAAAAAAGGGGGCAAAAGAGAGACUGAGACUAAGCGCGCUCACCCAAAAAAAAAAAAAUUCGCGUGAAAAUUUUGAAACGCCCACCAAAUCCAAAUCCAAGCCCGCGCGCACUAAAAAAAACAAACCUCAAAAUUGAAAACACAACAAAAUAAAGCUCCAAAAUUUUUCCCCCAAAUUUCACAAAUCCCUAAUUUUUCAUUCUUCUUCUUCUUACUACUCAUACUUCUGCUACAACAAUAUUCCAAAUUCAAAUCCUUUUUCCCUUUCUUUUUGGGGUUUUCCUGUUCUUUCCUUCCUGACUCCAAAUCUUAGGGUUUUGGAUUUGUUUCCGACUGUUUGUUUUGAGGUGUAAUUUUGUUUGAUUAAGUUAUGGCUUCGGAAACCCUUGAGGAGGUGAAGAAGAAGCCUGAGGAGGAAGUUCCUGUUGAGGAAGAUAAGGAGGACAAUAAAGUUGAAGCUAAAGAAGAGGAGAAGGAGGUGAAGAAGAAGGGUUCGGAGGAGGAAAAACCAAAGGAGAAGGAAAGUGAAGGAAGUGAAGAGGAGGACGAGGAAGAGGAGAAAGAAGAUGAAGGAGGAAGUGAGGAGGAUGAGGAAAAGGAAGACGAGGAAGGAAGUGAUGGAGAAGAGAAACAAGGUGAGGAGAGUGAAGAGAAAGGUAAGAAAAGUCGAAAGACGAGCUCGAAGGUGAAGGAUGAGCUGAGUGAGUCGAAGAAGGAGCCUGUUACGCCCAGUAGUGAUAGACCGACUCGGGAGAGGAAGAUCGUUGAACGGUAUUCUGCACCUACUGUUGCCAGGUCUUCGUCGAGCAAAGGUUUAUCAAUUGAGAAGGGUCGUGGUACUCAGCUCAAAGACAUUCCAAAUGUGGCUUUCAAGCUGGGAAAGAGAAAAGGUGAUGACAACCUUCAAUUACUUCACACAAUACUAUUCGGGAAAAGAGCAAAGGUGCACACUUUAAAGAGGAAUAUAAGCCAGUUCUCUGGUUAUGUUUGGGUUGAGACUGAGCAGGAAAAACAUAGGGCAAAAAUUAGGGAGAAGCUUGACAAAUGUGUCAAGGAGAAAUUGAUGGAUUUCUGUGAUCUGCUAAAUAUUCCAAUUAGUAAGGCCUCGACAAAAAAGGAAGAGGUCUCUGCCAAAUUGCUGGAGUUUUUGGAAUCUCCACAUGCUACAACAGAUGUUUUGCUUUCUGAUAAGGACCAGAAAGGUCAAAAGCGAAAGAAGAAGGCCACACCUGGAAAAAGUCCUAGUGCUGCAGAUGGAGAAGCAUCUCCCGAAUUACCAGCCAAGAAACAAAAACAAGCAUCUAGUGGGAAAAAAGGUAAGAGUUCGCCUAAAGUUGAAGAAGAAGAGAUUGAUGAUAAGGCUGAAUCUUCAGAUGCACAGCAUGAUUCUCAUGAAGAAGAUGAUGGAGAUGAUGCAAUGCACGAGGCAAGCAAUCAUGAGGAAAAAUCUGGUGAUGAGGAAGAUAAACCGAAGGAGCAGUUGUCAAGUCCCAAAAAAUCUUCAAAAAAGGUGAAGGAGGGCUCAAAAGAUAAAAGUGGGGACAAAGCUACACCUGUUAAAAAGAGCCCACCUGUAAAAUCUGCUAAGAAAUCAGCAGACUCUACAAAGAAAUCUAGAUCUUCCUCGAAGAAAAGUGUGAGUGAUGCUGAUGAGACCUCUGGUUCUCUAACCAAGUCAAAGGGGUCUGCAUCUAAGAAACAGAAGGUUGAAAAGGAAAGUUCGAAGGGUGAUAAGGUGAAAAGUGCAAGCAAGAAAUCAUCUAGCAAAUCCUCUGGAAAGGUUUCAGCUAAGGAUCAAGGAAAAGUUAAAAGUAGCAAGAAGGCCAAAGGAGAGCCCUCUAAAGCAGAUGUGCAUGCAGUAAUUGUUGAUAUUCUGAAAGAAGUUGAUUUCAAUACUGCAACUCUAUCAGAUAUUCUAAGGCAACUCGGUACCCACUUUGGUGUGGAUUUAAUGCAUAGAAAAGCAGAGGUGAAGGACAUAAUUACCGAUGUGAUAAAUAGCAUGACUGAUGAGGAAGAUGAUGAGGGGGAUGAUGGAGAAGAAGACAAUGCUGAAGCUGGUAAUGACGACGAUGGAGAAGAGAAAGAUGGAGACAAGGGUGACGAUGACGAAGACGAAGCUUAGUGUUAGUGCAUCCAGGACCCAAACAAUUUGUAUAUUUGGAACUCCCAUGUGCAUGUGGUGGUACAUUCAUUCAAGUAGUAGAACAACUUUCUACAGAGGUUACAUCAGUGGAUUUUGAUGGUAGACUACAUUGGUUAGUUGAAUCUUGUGACCCUUUCCAGAUAAAUUUACCCAACUGGGUAUGUUUGUACCAUAUUAUUGACCUCCCCCUGUAGUAUUGAGCUGAUCUUAAUUUACUUAGCUUUACCUUUUUAUAUAUAUUUUUGAAGCUUUCCUUGUCCUAUAAAUUUAUUUAGGUGUAGCUGUUUAACUUCAACUCUUCUUUCAAUGAGCAGUGAGCUAUCUUUUGUUUCCUUC